AGAGUUUAGUCUUUAGUCAGAGACUUGUCGUCAUUACGUACCUGUUUCUCUGGAUAUUUACCGAUACCUUCACGGUCAUCCAAUCCAGUGACCACCUAAUCGUGACUAGAUAGUUAAAAAUUUAAUUUUAAAAAUAAAAACAGCAUGGCCAAAUUAUUUAUCUUUUGCCUUCUGGUUUUUAUUUGCUUAGUACAUGAAAGUAUUUCGACUUUGUCGGAGCCUAAGGCCCCUAACUUUCAAUAUUUUGAGAGACCUAAGUAUCGGUAUCCAUAUUAUGAUGAAAAUGGCCGUGGAAAAUUGUUGUACGGAUAUGGUGGACCGGAACUUUAUCAAUAUCGUACAUACAGUCCGUUAGAAGGCAUACAUUGAUUAUUAUUGUUAUUUAUUUAAUUAAUUAUUUUUUUUAAUUUAAUUUAAUUGUAGAGGAAAUUUGCGGUUUAAUUAUUUUGAGUUUUGUACGGAGGUUUUUUUUUAUUAAAAUUUUAAUUGGGAAAUGGAAACUAGGGUAUGAUUUUUUUGAGUUUGAGGUUUUUAAAAUUUUUUUUCAUUAUAAAUUUUCUUAAUUAAAUUGUAAGUAAUUAAUAGGGAGAAGAUUUUUGCCAUAAUUUUGGAAUGAAUCGUUCAAAUCUUUGAUAUUCCUGCGAAAAUAUUGAUUCUAUAGAAAAAGUUUUCAAACAAAAGUUGUAGGGAAUUUAAUUUCCGAAAAAAAAUGUCUUUAAUGAUCUUCUUAUACGACUGAUAUUUUCACCGUAAUUCCAAAAUUAAGAUUCAUAAUGAAUGAUUCAAAUUUUUGAUAAUUACCAAAAUCUAAAUUUUGAAAUUACGGCUUUAUUAUUGGUCCUAUGAAAAAAAUUAUAAAAGACAUUUUUUUUAUAAAAUUAAAUUUUGAACAACUUUUAUUUAAAGAAUUUUUUGAUACGACCAAUAUUUUCACCGUAAUUCCAAAAUUAAGAUUCAUAAUGAAUGAUUCAAAUUUUUGUUAAUUACCAAAAUCUUAAUUUUGAAAUUAAGGCUUUCUUAUUAAUCCCACGGAAAAAUCAUAAGAGACAUUAUUUUUAGAAAAUUGAAUUGUCAACAACUUUUACUUGAAAAAUUUUUCGAUACGACCAAUAUUUUUGCCAUAAUAUCAAAAAUUUGACAUCAUUAAUUAUUAAUUGUC